UUCUGUAAUCAGAAAAAUAAAUAUCAAAUAAUGGAAAAGGUCAGGCAAAUCAUUGUUUCACAAUACACUCCAUCCAAAAAGUUCAACUUCGUCAUAUUUGUUUAAAUAGACUACUUAUUAAAAUGUCAAUCGAAUAACCGAUAAGGAAUUAUUAAUUAAUUCGACUUCGUCGAAAACUAUCACUUGGUAGUUUAUCGUGGAAGCUGUGUGGAUCUGCAUUGCAUCAUGAUUUUGAUUUUCGCAUUUUUUUUAGUCUUAGCGAAGGCACAAGACUUUCAAGGGUCGUUGGCUUUCCAUCUUCUACAAUUGGGUAUGGCUGUUGAGGCUAAAUGCUUAAAGCAUGUGGAACCAAGUGAAUUCGCCAACAUUAUGAAUUCUUUUGAGAAUAUUUCGAAGUGUUACCCUCAGGAUAAUGAUGUGACUCCAGAUACAUUUUGUAAAGAUUAUGAGAAGGUACAUGAGCCAUGCCUAAAAGAAGUAAUGUAUAAAAUGAAAAAAUGUUUGGACUCUGACGAACAAUAUUUUCCUGACUUCGCUUUGGAAGGUCAGAAAAGGACAAUCGAAAGGAUGUGUGCUGAAGGUGACAUUAUUGAACGCGUGAACGCCUUGACAAAUAUUACGUGUCAGACAGGAAAUAUUGGCAAAAUUCUAGGGAAAGAGCUUAAUUUGAGGUGUGUUCCUCAUUUAAAAAUCAUAAAUAAUUUGGAGAAAAAUAUGAUUUCACUCAAUCGAGAAGAUGUUUGCAGUGAUCUACAACUGUUUCGGGAUUGUAUAGUUGGAGCACUGGAUAAAAGAUGUUCCUUACCAAAAGAUUCGAGAAAUGUUAUUCUAAAUAUAUUUAGAGAUCAAUUAAAGAGUUGUUUCGUAACUAACGGAUCAACAAGUACUGCUUAUGGUGCUAUUAAUAAUUUCGUAUACAUUAUACUUGGCAUUGCUACAUGGAUAGUAUAUAAACGGUAUUAAAUUUGUGAACGGAAUUUAGUCCUUAAAAACCUUACCCAAGCUACGCAAGGGUGAGAUGGACUAAAUUUGGUACUCGCUGCUACAUA